UUUACUUGACCUUCCCUUUAGACCUGUCAGUAUCUGUCGAUAUCGGUCUGAUAGAGUCGAGUCGGUCCCUCAAUGUGAUGUAUGCAUUGCAGCGCGUGCAUGAAUGCAUCUAAAUCGAGAGGAAAAAAAGACCAUCCAUCGAUUCAUCAUACUCAUCCACACAUCCAUCCAUCCCAUCGAUCCGCCCACCGACCCGACCCCGCCACCCAAUCCCAAUGCACCAGACCAAUCCAACUCAUUCGCCCGCAUGGACGCACCAGCUCGCCGCAUGCACGGCACCAGAAAAACACCACUACAUACGUACGAUAGAUAGAUAGAUAGGUAGAUAGACACACACACGUACAGCAGCACGGAGUCAGGCGGGCAGACAUUUAGGGAUGGGUGGGGGGGCGUAUGGGGGGUCCGAUCUCACAAUCACUCACUCACUACCAAAUAUCACGCUCAUCACAUCACCUCACAUAGCAUCACAUAUGUUCUCUGUCUCCCUGUAUGUAUAGAUCGCUGUCUGUCCGUCUGCUCAUUUUUCACGCAGAGGGAGUGGAGGGUGGGGGCAGGAGGGUAAUACGGCUCACUCACUCACUAGGUGCACUCACUCUCAGACUCGACCGACUGACUCGAUCUACCCGCCAGCACAUCAAUCAGUCAAUCAUAUGAACGUGGGUUGGCCGUGGCCAUUGGUGCGGGCGUAUCGCUUCGGGUCGGCCGCGGGCACGCGACCGAUCAUCACGGCCACCUCUGACACACACGACGACAAAGUGCAUAUCCGCUGUGAGUGUGUGGCGGUGUGUCGGUGUACUCACUCUGCUCACCGAGAACAUGGCCGUGUUCCUGUGCGAUUCGUAUGGCGUCGAUGACCUCGGUCGAGUUGGAACCCCGACGGAGACCGGUCAGCCGACGCUCGUCCAACGCAUACAGCUUGAUCUCAUACCUACAAUCACACCAACACACCCAGCCACACCACCCACACUUUCAGGAGCACACUCUCCUCCUGACGAGAGUGUGUGUAUGUGUGUUCUCACCUGUGGACGCCAUGAGGUGGGCAUGGUCCGCCUGACAGACAGAUGAGUGUCACACACCAGGACAAAGACAGAAAGGGGGCAGAUGGUGCUUGCGCAUGCCGUUCAUUCCCCGUCGUCUGUUUCUCACCGUAGCCGUAUGCAUCCUUCCCGAACUUAAAAAAGUCGUUGGUGCCUUGAUCGAAAGGCUCAUCUCCCACCAUGCUCGCAUCGCCCUCAGGCCUGAUCACACAGCACACACACAACGAGCCAUUUACCUCUCCCCGCUUCUCUGCCUGCCUGCCUGCCUGCCUGGCUGUGUGUGUGUGUGUGACUGACCUGAUGGGGGGUAUUCUCUCUAGUGUUGGCGGUAUGUUCCAGACCAGCCAGUGGUAAAAUAGGUGGUUGCCCGACUGACCCUCGCCCCACGGGGCAUCCAAAUCCUGCACAUCCAUCCAUCCAUCCAUCGCACACACGACAUCUGUGUGCGGCUGCGAUUGAUCUGUGACUUUGGUGUGGUCGUUAUGUUACCCUCAUAAUGAGGACAAGUGAUUCGGUGCCUGAUGAUACACAAACAGACAGUGCGGCCUCAGAUCUGUCUGUCUGCGGCCUCUCUACCGUCGGGGUACUGGAACCAAUGCAGCGGCAGCGUCUGGUUGAGGCCGUAGCAUGUGUAUCUGUCGGGAAUUCGGCCCUCGCUGAUGAAGGCCGGGCUCUUGACCACCAUGUACCUGAGCGAACACAACGGACACACAGCCAAAGCAGGCUUCUUCCCAUUGGAUCUCGACCCGCUCGCUCCUCCCCCGCUCAGCUCAGCUGGUGCGUGUGGUGAUCUUCUUUCUUCAUCUCCUCUCACCCCGCGUCAGCUGGCAGCGCGAGAGCCAGCGCGAUAGCUGUGUAGACUACAUGGUGUGUGGUGCUUUUCCUGUUUUCCCUGUUCAUCCCUGCAUCAGCCGCACCCUCACAAACGAAAAAACUAACUAGAAAGAGGGAC